AGAGAGAGAGAGAGAGAGAGAGAGAGAGAGAGAGAGAGAGAGAGAGAGAGAGAGAAGAGAACACCGCGUUCGACUACGAUUCCCUUCGGCUCCAUCGUCCGAUACGCGAGAAAGAAAGAGAACAGAAACACGGCAGGACACGGAACACGCACUUUGCACCCACGACCAAUAUCGCUCGUGCACAAUCUCGUUGGAUUUCCCGUAUUUCCCAGACGGUGGGGAAACGUCUCUGUCGUGUCCGAACACAGCGCGGCCGAGACACGUGAAAUCCCACGGUUGACAGUUACCGUGGCGCGGACGUCAGUGGAUCGUGAAUCGUUUCUCACAAAUGCACCGUAACCACGUUCGACGUUGAUCGACCUUGUGCUCUGUUUAACUUUUGCCAAAGAAAUUUCCGAGGCACUCGUGUAGCGUCUGUGAUCCGGCGGCAGUUUCUCAAUUCCUUCGAUACGAUCGUUUAUCACGGCCGUUGUCACGCUCGUGUGUAGUCGCGAAGUGUAGUCCGCUGCGAACGAGAUCGCGCGGUCGUCAAUUAACGCGCGUGAAUCAUUUCCACACGAUCCGAAAACCAACUCGGAAAUGUUCUUGGCACGAGCGAUAGCCUGGCUAGGAAAAAUUCGUUACGCCGCGCAUCGAUACACGAGGACACGUGACUGGUGAAAAGUGAUGAAACGAAGUAAUCGAUUACGUGCGGCAGUGCGCGAUUUUAUCUCGAUAUCUCGAUUUUUCGAAAGCGUACGUAUCCUCGAUCGUGCGACGUUUCUCAAGUCGAUUGGUUACCGGGUUGGCGCGGGUAGGGGAGGGGUAGGGAGAGGGAAGGAAAAAGGUAAACAGAAGUUAAACGCACUCGUGAAAACAACGUCGGUCGAUCCUGACGUAGAGGAAGAUUCCCCGUGAAAUUUCGUGGUCCGGGGCACGAUUCAAGCAAGAGUCGAAGAUCGUCGAACGAGGGAUCGAAAGAAACGAGUGCGUCGGCGGCACGCAUUGUGCAACAGUGUGAGGUUACGCAUACGUGACACGAUGAAACGCAUCAUCAACGACGCAUCUCUCGGAGUAACAGUCGGAGAAAUGUCAGCGGUGACAGCUUUUGAAAAGUUGACAGAAAAAUUUAUGUUACGAGGUACUCCUAACCUAGCGAGCUUUACCUAACCUAUACUUGGCGGCACGGUCUGGCCGCUGUCAAGCGCGCGACAAAGUGAGCAAUACGUUCGAAAUUACGGGCGAAAAUGCCGUGUUUAGAAACGAGCCGUUGGAACGACACGUUGGAUCGUGUCGAGUCGAACGAGGAAAAGUACGCGAGGCUGCUGGUGGUACGUUCGAAACGCAUCCCGAUUGGUGUUGAAGCGAAAACGUGAGGCAAAGAGUGCGUGUUCCGUGAGCCGCCAACGGCGGGACGAAAAUAUCACACGUGCGCCGAGAGAAUAAGCCGAGAUUUUUGGAGGACGACGCCAGUCAAGUGGGCGAUCGGUGAGGCACCGCUUUUUUGGCAGGGUUGCGGGCAGUGCAGACAUGGGAAGUGACCAUUACUGCCUGAGGUGGAAUAAUCAUCAGAGCAACUUGCUGGGUGUGUUCAGUCAACUGCUGGAGUCGGAGUCACUGGUGGACGUGACACUGGCGUGCACGGAGGGACCUUCGAUACGUGCCCACAAGGUAGUCCUCUCCGCGUGCUCCAGCUACUUCCAGGCCCUGUUCCUUGACCACCCGAAUCGCCACCCCAUAGUCAUCCUAAAGGACGUACGUUUCGCCGAGCUACGUACCCUCGUCGACUUCAUGUACAAGGGCGAGGUAAACGUCGAGUACUGCCAGCUAUCGGCCCUCCUCAAGACAGCGGAGAGCCUCAAGGUGAAGGGUUUAGCGGAUAUGACGAACAUCAACGCGGCGGUAGCGUCGAGGGAUGAGCAACAGCAACAGCAACAACAACAACAACAGCAGCAGCAGCAGCAGCAACAACAGCAGCAGCAGCAGCAACCGCAACAGCAACAGCAACAGCAACAACAACACACGAGCACAUCCGAGGGUAUACAGCGGGAGACGUCGCGAGAACAUCACCGUGAACGCGAGAGUAUAAAGGAGGCGAGCAACAAGGAGAGAGACAGGGAAGGAAACGCGUCCGGUGGUGGCACGGGUUUGCCAUCGGCAGGGGUGAAAGAAUGCGAGCAACCGCAACGCGAGAACCUGGCCCAACCACCCAGCGAGUCGACCGAGGCGGUAGACAUGACCGACUGUCCGGCAUCGCCCACCGGGCCCGGUAGCCCUUGUCCAGGACCAUUGGCCCUUGAUCGACCUAGGAGGGACUCCGAGGACGCCGCCAGUUUAGAAGAAACGAGGGGUUCCCUUAGCCCGAUCUCGGUGCACAGUGGACCGUCGGACAUGAGUCUAAGUAACAAUACCGGCAGCACGCCCGGUGUUGUUCUGCCACUGAAUUUACCGCAGAGUCGGCUUCCGUCCCCGCACAGUACAGAGCCUCUCGCGGGCCCGUCGGGGUUACCCCCGGUUCAACAAGUUCCACUUUCGUUAAAAAAAGAGAUGGACUGGGAAAGGUCGACGGAAGAGCGCAGUGCGAGCAGCGAAAUAUCCACGGAUUACAGACUCCCACCGGAUCCGGUGUCGCUGGCCCUCGGGUUGGAGGCAGGCGGUUGGGGCGCCCUGGUGGAACGGACGAGCGGCGGAAGCGGUUCGCUGCUAGGUCACGGCGGUUUCGCCGGUUUGGCGGGAUUGGCGCGUCGUUGCGGCGUCUGUCUGGCUACGUUCCCUUCCGCCUGGUUGCUGGAACGGCACGCGUUGCUGCAGCACGCCGGCCAAGCCAGCGACGACAAGCCGUUCACCUGCGAGCAAUGCGGCCAACGCUAUCGUUACCGCUCCGCUUACGUGAAACACCGGGAGCAGAACCAUCGUGCCCGCUUGCCGGCCGACAAGCUGUUCACCUGCGACGUCUGCGGCAUGCAGUUCAGGUACCUCAAGUCCUUCAAGAAGCACCGGCUGAACCACGCGCUCGAACGGCUGCAACGCGCCCCGGAGCCGCAGAGCAGCGCGAUGUCCGUGUCGGCGGCUGCAGAGAGGAGCGACCAGGUGUCCAGCACCGGGGAACCGUCGCAGGUGGAGACCGGUAGCGACACGACCACCAACCCCGGCGAGGAGGAGGAGACGCGCGGCACGUUCGCUCGCGAGAACGCUCGCGAGGAGAGCGUCUCGGAGACGGCCAGCGUGCAGGAGAAUCCCGGCGAGGCGGUCGAGGUGCAGAUGACCGAGGCGAGCGCCACCACGACCGGAAACAGCGGGUCGGCCGUCGGUGGUACAAGCGAGGUCGGCGAGGCGGACGACAACGCGGUGGACGACGAUCGUUCGGAGCACACGGACCCGGUGAUCAGCCUGGCGCGCAGCAGCCACGAGGUGGACAGGCGCGAGCGUCGCUUCGCUUGCCCCUUCUGCGGUAAGUGCGUCCGAUCGAAGGAGAACCUGAAGCUCCACGUGCGUAAACACACCGGCGAACGUCCGUUCGUCUGCCUGUUCUGCGGCCGAGCGUUCGGCGGCAAGAGCGACCUCACCAGGCACCUUCGCAUCCACACCGGCGAGAGGCCCUACCACUGCGAGAUGUGCGGCAAAUGCUUCGCCAGGGCGGACUACCUGUCCAAGCAUCUGACCACCCACAUACACCAACGCUAAACUGCGUGGGUCGUACGAACGUUCCUCUCACUCGCUGCUGCGUCCUCCUCCAACGGCUCGAACGCUUAGAACGUUUUUGAAAUUCCCCAACGCCGGGAACGUGUCGUCGUUCCACGUCGACAACUUUCAAUCGAACCGCCGUAGGAAUUUUUUUUUAAAACGUCAACGCGAUUCUUUCGCUCGUUCGCGAUUCCGUGGCGAUUCUUGCUUGACGCGCGCCAAUUUCUCUCGCGACGUGGAACAACACAUUUCCCCUCCGAUCUCAGUCAGAGAUACUCGAUACGAUAGAUACGAGACGUAAUUACCCGUCUCCACUCGCGUGGAAUUCGUUCGAGCAAUCGUAAGGGAUAGAGAAGCAAGCAGGGGACGAGCAGACCGAGUGAAGGGACGUUAACGUACGCGAGAACGUAGUCUCCGAAAGUUCAUCCGCGAAAUAUCCGCCACCCUCGGAGUCGAACGAGGGCGAUUCCGUUCGUGAAACUACGUAGGACGAGGAAGGUCGGCGUAUUUUUAAGAUUAACGAUUAAAGUAAGCUUCGCGCACGGAUUCUUCGCGUCCUCGGAUCCAUCCGAUUCGAGGCUGCGUCGGAUCUGCGAUUCUUUUCGCGAGUUCUUUCCUCUCUUUGGUGUGCGAACGAAGGGAAGGGAAGAUUCGGAAGAAAAAGAAAAAAAAAAGAAAGAGAGAAGAAAAAAGGAAACGCGCGGAAUACGAGAAAAUGGAAGAGGAGAACCAACCGUGUAUCCAUCCAGGCCCAUCGAGGCGAGUCAAUUACAGAGAAAGAGUGAAAAAGCGAAGAGCGAAGAGAUCGUCGGCGACGAUGGUCGAACGUGCGUGAUCACGGACAACGUACGAGAGAACGAGGUGAAAAUCGAAGAGAGAAGAAAGAAGGAAAAUGGAGGGGAAACGCAGGAUUUCUACGUUAACGUUAGUGAGACUAACUUUUGUGAUAAAAGAUUGGAAAAGAAAAAGGAAAACCAAAGAACGCGACGGAUGUCGACGAGGUGACGGCUCGUUUUUUUUUUCUUCCUUUUUUUUUUUUUUUUUUUUUUUUUUUUUUUUUAUUUGUUCGUCCUCUUCGUCUUCGUGCACCACCAACGAGCGAUCUACUCGUUUACGUAAUAGGUGUCUGCGUAAUCGAUGCGAUUUUUAUACAGUGCACGCGAUAACGAUCAUUCUUCCGUAUGCCGCGCGGUCGAGGGCGUAUGUACGUCGAGGCGACUUCUGGUUGGACGAGAAGCAUCUUGCGAGUGGGAAUCUAGUGGAAAAAUAUCGUAGCCCCUGGCGCACAUACAUCGAUUUGUGGUGCCGAUUCCGGUGGCGAUUCAACGCGAAAAAUCUCGGCUGAUUUUUACUGAGGGGAAAAUUCAGAAAAUAGAGAAUCUUUAUUUUUUGAAACUUUGCAAAGCUGAAAUUGGAUUUUUGCAGAUUGUUCCGAUCUAUAACGGCUGCACUCUGAGAGUCUGAAAUAUUUCACAUCGAAUCGUUUCGUAUUACACGUUACACGUACAAUUAUAAGUAAUUUUGUUUUAAUACAUUCUCAACUUUUCAAUCGAUGGGUGCAGCGUUUAAACAGCUUGAUUAUAACUUGUGCACAAGUGCCGGUAUAAAUUUUUCAUUGUGCUGGCAACUCCAUUAAAGAGACGAGACACACUUGCAGCUAGUUAAGGGUAUAACUUUAGAGUUUGUCGUAUCCUUAGAGUUUCGUUCUUUUUGUUUCAUCGAGAAAGUGUUGACACAGCGUUGCGGAAGAAUGGUAUCUCUGGACGAUUGAAAUUUAUCUGCGCAAUGGAACUUUUGCUUGUUUUAAAAACGAAAUUUUUAAUUAGUCUCCGAUCUCGUUUCCUUUAUUACGUUCCUUUUUGGAGAACGGAGGUUAUUUCCAAGCCAUCGAGUCGACCGUAUAUACGAAAGACACGAUUUGCACAAUUUCCACACGGUAGUUUCAUAGAAACUAGACAAAUUGUCUAAUUGCCUGAACGUUCAAACGUUUAACGUGUCGCGAAAUAUUGAGUUUCAAGAAUUAAUUAAUAAAACGAGAGCCGGGAACGCAGUUCGCUUUGCGCGUGUAACUGGAGAUUAUUCGUUACAAGUGGAGGAUUCUCGCGAGGCAACGUCUCGCGAGAAACAAUCAUGUUUGCUAUUCUUCCUCCGAAAUUAAUUAGCCACUCGAGUCGUACAGGCCAGACUGCGAAUGUCACGAGCAGUUUCCUCCUUGACAAUUUCACCUGAAACAUCAACGUGUGCUCGCGCCUUGGUGUUUCCCAUCUUUAAAACGAAUUGCAAGACGUUCGAGCAGCUCGCCGAUUCAAAACGUUCCACGGAGCACCGAUCGAGAUUGUCGGGAUACAUAAAUAAUAUUAAUUUAAAAAUUUUCUUUGUAAUUCGAUUUGACGAAAUUCUGAUUCGAAAUGAUCAAUGCUCUCGUGUCGGACAUUCAGUUCUCGAAAAAUUCAAGAAAUUUCAAAAUACAACGAUUGAAUCGAGAACGUGCCAUUCGAAUAUGACGCUGAUUCGAUAAAAUUUUAACGAGUACCAUUUCCCGCACAAUUUUUCCGUGAUUAUUUACAGAUUUAACGAAUCUGAUUAGAAAUUAUCGUCUCUCGUGUCGGACAUUCAGUUCUCGAAAAAUUCAAGAAAUUUCAAAAUACGGUAUUUAAAUUGACAUCAUUCGAUGUGACUCUGAUUCAACAAAAUAUCCCAACGAGUAAUUAAUCAAUUCGAUUUGACAAGUCUGAUUAGAAACGAUCGUAUCUCGACAAUGAUGAGACGUGUUCGGUUCUCGAGAAAUCCAAAGGAUUUCGAAGAUAUGAUAAUUGAACCGAGAACACGCCAUUCGAUGCGACACUGACUCAAUAAAAUUUUAACGUACAGUAUAGAACGUAUACGUUUGUAGCUACGAACGUUCGCCACCGGUGAUCAAAAAUCGCGUACAAAAGGUAGAAGAAACAGUAGACUUCUCGUCCCGCAAGAAGGCAGCGACGCGCUUUCGGCUUUGUAGUAAAACGCGAGGGAUAGGCGCGAAUCACAGCGCCCAGGCGCUUUCCGGAAGCGUAGCCGGUGCCUUGGAAAGCCAGCCGUGUAUCCUUUUUAAACCUAGCGACCUAGCAAUAAAGCGUGUGUGUGUGUUUCCUUUUUUCUUUUUUUCUUUUUUUUUUUUCCUCCGUUUGUAGCCGUCACGCAGAUGUAGAACGAGGACCUAAAGCUAGGUUAUACCCACACAUGCGUCGUCGCGUAGUCUCCACUAUGGUCCUUGGAGGAAACCCAUUUCUUAGCCAAAAUGUGUCCGUUCAGCUAUCGUCUACGUGUAUAUACGUAUAUAAGUAUGUCCCUGAUAUACGUGUGCGCAUAUAUAUAUAUACAUACACAUGCAUAUACAUGUGCAUGUACACAUCGAUGAAACGAUAGAUCGUCCAGCGUGUGAAUCUACUAUUACGUACAUACAUAUGUAUAUAUAUAUGCAUAUAUAUAUGCGCGAGCGCAGAAACGAGAGUGCCGGCUCAUUCUCUCUUGGGAGGCUGGCCUCGCAAGCGAGCCACGUCGUUUCACUCGUUUCCGUAAUUUCGAGGGUUCCACAGCGUAUGUAUACAUAUAUAUAUGUAUACAUAUAUAUGUGUGUGUAUAUAUAUAUA